UCCUGCGGACGUGAGCUCUCUUCCAGCCCUGGGACAUUUCUCUCUCAUCGUCUCCUCGUCCUCGACUCCGCUUUUGUACCGUCACACUGUUCUCCCCCUCCACUCGGCGACGAGACUACCAGCAGCAUGGCAGCCACAGAAGCCCUCAAUAACCGCCACAUCGUCUCUCGGGUUCUGUUCCAACUUGCCGAAUCGAAGCACAAAGAGCGCCAACAACGCGGGCCAAACUACCCGGUAGAGUUCCUGGAGUUUCGACCAACAUUGCUAUCUUCUAUAUUGGUCAACAAACUGUGGGCGGAAGAAGGUACAUCGAUCCUAUGGAGUCGUUAUCCGCAGCUGCCGGCGCUCGAGCUCAUGACGUACAAUCGACGGCAAAACUAUGCCAACAAAGUUGAGCGCAUCUUCUGUGUCGUAUCAACCCAUAGCAAUGAAGACCUGAGUUUUCUGGACGGCCUGAAUUGGCCGAGAUUAAAGUGUCUUGAGCUGGAUAUAGACUGGAGGACGCGCGGGCACAGCUUUCGGAAUAUGUUGCACGCUGGUAUCGAGAGUCUGGAGUUGUCUGGGGUUCAGAGUGGAGACUCGGAUUACAUCGCUGAAUCCGUCCUACCCGCUUUGUUCGCACCGUGCAAGAAUCUUCAGAAAAUACACAUUGGCCCGCACACAGUUGAUGCUCAGGAUCCUGUUGAUGCUUACGCACUACUCACUCUGCUUAAUGCUGUGCCUAGCAUCAAGGAAAUACGAAUCAUGAAUACCAACUUCCUAGGCAAGGACAUGCUCUUCACUCGUCUCUCCCAGCGGCCUGGUCUUCAAGCUCUGGAGAUCGACCUCGAACCAGGACUGGAGCUUCUUCCCUACUUCUCGGGGCCCAAUGCCUUACCAUCUCCUUUCGCCAGUUUACAGCGCCUGAAAAUGGUGUGCUACCCGGAGAUUGCUCUCGCGCUUCCAGUGCAUCUUCCCACUCUUCAAGAGAUACAAUUUGACGUCGCCCGCAUACCUCAGCAACCCGUCGACUUCUCAGACCUCAACAUCUUCGACGACAUUUUGAACUCUCUUUCACAGUGCCCAGAGUUAAGAGUAUUGAAAAUUAAUGUUGGCAAGCUUGCGAUCGGCUUUCCUGCCGCACGUUUGUAUCCCUCAUUGAGCGGAAAAUCGUUGGUCAAACUCGCGGCUUCGUGUUCAAAGCUACAAGACAUCAGCAUCUCCGCCUUCCAGCCAUCAUCAGUGAAUGGUUCAACUAUAUCGAGUCGUCAUUUUGAAGCUUUCUGCGAGAAGUUACCACAUUUGAGCAGUCUAUGCUUGAACUUCCAUCCCACCACCGCAACAAGUCUCCAAGACUCGGCCCUUCAAAGCUUGGGAAGGUAUUGUCCCAAACUUGAAGUACUGCGCAUGGGUAUUCCAUUACAACUACCUAGCUUAGCAAAACUCGACGACAUUUUGGCUGAUGACAAAGGCAUCUCAUCUACUACGGCGGUGAAUCACAGUAAACCAAUUACCUCGACAUCUUCCACCCUUGGGGGAGCCGACCUCCCACGUUCUAAAGCGUCUUCAGCAAAGCCAAAGUCGCAUAUUCAACCGCUGUUUCCCCACGUCACCCGACUCACCUUCGCGCGCCCUAAAACCGCUCUCUCCGCUCCGUCGUUGGUUUCACGGUUUAAGCCCGUCGUGGACCCCAAACUUGAAAAAGACAUUGUCCGCUCUUGGGCGCAACCUCUUCUCACACAUUUCCCUCGUCUCGAGAGACUCGAGGCAUGGGGCGACUCAAGCGGUUGGGACAACUACUCGCUCAACUACUUCUUGGUCAUGGACAAAGAUGAGAUACUGGCGAGUAUGUGGGAGUUUCUGAGUGGCCUGGAACAGGACCUGUGGCUCAACGAUGAGGAAGAGUCUGCCCCGAUGGCAGUAGAUACCGGAUGCGAUAUUGAGCACGUCAACGAGCAGACAGGCUUUGAGAGCCAUGGUAGUGGAGGGGAUUGGGAGAAGGCGAGCUUGAUGAAUGAGUUUCCUGUCAACGAACAGAUUGCCGAAACUAGAUAUAUGCACCCCAUUCAUGAAGAGCACGAAGAUCUUACGAUGCACACACACCCGCUGGCUUUAGAAGACGAAGGCUACUGCGAGGGCGAGGGCUCAGAAGGCAACUCUGUCAUCGUUCCCGCUAUCAUGAGCACUUCGAUACGGCCGAAACAGAGCGCCAUACGCGGCGUUCUCAAGAGCAUGAUAUGUACCAGGAUAAGAUAGGUGUGUAUCAAGGUCAUUGUUAUUGUAUCUUUCGAGGAGCGGGGCUUCUUCCACGAGGUUUUGCACUUUCCUCUCAUUCAUAUGAAUCAACGAAGUCAUGGUCAAAUAUAAUCUCAUUUCUGAAUCUCGUUUGUCUGCAUCCAUCAAGCUCUUUAUAGCCGAUAGGCACCCUACAGCCCACACACACUUGUGAAGUUUACACACUUCCAACCAAUCCAGCUCCAGCGCAACAUAAACCCUUGUGGUCACUCCCCUGAUCACCCAAUUCCCAACCGACCAUCUGC